ACAGUGAUAUCUAUUUUAUAAGCGUCGUUGCAUCCCGGUCUACGAGCUAUCCUCUUCUCACUUGCGACCAAGAGGAAUCUGCAAUGGAGAUUUCUUCCGCCUCUUCUCUCCUCCUCCUCAUAUCCUUCCUGUGCUCCGCCUUUUUUCUCUUCUUCAAGCAACGCUCCCCACGCGGUGCUCCGGCCAACCUCGCCGCCCUCAAGAGUUACCCCGUUGUGGGUAAUCUUCCUCAUCUAGUCAAGAACAGCCACCGCAUUCUGGAGUGGACGACGGACCUCAUCCCGACCUCCCCCACCGGCACCGUCACGGUCGCCCCUUUCGUCUUCACCGCCAACCCCGCCAACGUGGAGCACGUCUCCAAGGUCCGCUUCGCCAACUACCCCAAGAGUGAACCCAUCAUCUUGGCCAUUCGCGACUGCCUUGGCCGCGGCGUUGCGACCACCAACGGCGAGGAGUGGCGCCUCCAACGCAAGGCUGCCAGCCACGAGUUCGGCACCAGAUCCCUCCGGACCUUCAUCCAUGAGAAAGUCUGCCACGAGCUCCUCGCGCGGUUGGUCCCACUGCUGACGAGAGCAAGCCGAAGUGGCGAGGUCAUCGACCUCCAGGACGUGCUCGAGCGCUUCGCGUUCGACAACACCUGCAGCCUAGCGUUCGACGAGGACACCAUGUGCCUAGGCGGUGAGGGAGCAGAGGAGGGGAAGCGGUUCUUUCACGCGUUCGAGGAAGCCACGAGUCUCUGCGUCGAGCGGGCGAAGCAGCCUUUCCCGCUCGUUUGGAGGAUCAAGAAGUGGCUCCACGUCGGAUCAGAGCGACGACUGCAGGAGGCCAUGAAGAUCGUCCAUGGAUUCGUCGAUAGAUGCAUGCAGUCGCGAGGAAACCGGCCGACCAGCGGCCAAGACCUCCUCUCCCGGUUCACGGCUGACGGCGCCAAUUCGGACGAGUUCGUUCACGACAACCUCAUCAGCUUUGUGCUCGCAGGGCGCGACACGACACCCGCGGCGCUCACCUGGUUCUUCUGGAUACUCUCCUCGCGGCCGGACGUGGUGGCCAAGAUAAGAGAAGAAACCAAACGGAUCCGAACUCGACAACCCGAAGAAAACGGUGGCAAGCUGGCGUUCACGAUGGAGGAACUGAAGGAGAUGAACUAUCUCCAUGCAGCCAUAUCGGAGUCGCUGCGGCUGUACCCGCCGGUGCCCAUGGUGCCAAGGGACUGCCUGGAGGAGGAUGAGUUACCGGACGGGCAUCGGAUGCGCAGGGGUUGGAUUCUGAUGUACAACGCGUACGCCAUGGGGAGGAGGGAGGCGAUAUGGGGUCCGGACUGCAGGGAGUUCAUGCCGGAGAGGUGGCUGGACGAGGAGGGAGUGUUCCAGCCCAAGAGCUCGUCGGUCUUCCCAGUGUUUCACACGGGUCCGAGGACGUGCCUGGGGAAGGACAUGGCCUAUAUCCAGAUGAAGGUGGUGGCAGCGAGCAUCUUGGAGAGGUUCGACAUGACGGUGGUGGAGGCGAGCGGGCGGCACCAGUUGCUGAUGGCGAUGAGAAUGCAGGGAGGCUUGUCGGUGAGGCUGAGGGAGAGGAUAUCAGGUGGAAUGUAGUGUUUGGUUUGGAAUAUAAAUAUAAAUAUAAAUA